AUGCAGGACGGUGAAGAGCAAGGAAACACGAAGCCUAUGCGUGGCGAGAGCGAGCCGCUCCUAGGGCGACGAGCAUCAUCUGUGUCCCGCGCAAGCCAACUGCUGCCGAAACAGCUCACCACCCGCCAUGCAUUCGCUGUCCUUGUCACCCUUCAAAUUGGAUCCGGCAUCUUCGCAUCACCGGCGCAGGUUGACCAUAAUGUUCCCUCUCCUGGUGCCGCCCUCCUGGUAUGGGUCCUCGGAGGGCUGUUGUCGUGGGCGGGAGCCGCAUCUUUCGCCGAGCUGGGCACUGCCCUUCCACUCAAUGGAGGCAUGCAGGAGUAUCUCAGGCACGUCUAUGGAGAUACCAUGGCCUUCCUCAUGGCCUGGAUCUACAUCAUGGCCGCUAAGCCGUCGGCAAUGGCUAUCCAAAGCAUCGUUAUCGCCGAAUCGUUUGCCUCCAUCGCUUCUCGCCCGUUGUCAGAAUGGCUGCUGAAGCUCAUCGCUGUCGUGGCUUUUGUGGCCAUGGUCAUUCUCAAUUCCAUCAGCACCAGGACCACCUUACGGCUUAGCGAGUCGUUUACAGGCAUCAAGAUACUCACGGUCGUUCUGAUUGUCGUGGGCGGCCUGACGGCUGUCAUCGUCCAUUUUGUCGACCCCGACUCCCAUCUUUCAGGAGGGACGGACUGGUACACGAAGAACUGGUUUGGUACCCGAGCGCCCGCUCCAGAAGGGGACCCGGUCGACUGGACAUCGAUCAGCGGAUGGGAGCGCUAUGGUCAUUACUCCGCGGCCAUCUACGGGGGAUUAUGGGCUUACGACGGAUGGGAUAAUGCAAACGUCGUUGCGAGCGAGAUCCGCGACCCCGGACGAGCCCUACCGCGAGCCAUCAAGGUCGCCAUGAUCGUUGUACUGUGCUCUUACGAGCUGGUGAAUGUUGCCUAUUACAUCCUACUCCCAUGGGAUACAAUGAGCUCCAGCGAUGCCGUGGCGGUUGUCGCGGUAACGACGGUCUUUGGGCGCUGGGCUGGCAUAAUCAUUUCGAUCCUCGUCGCUCUCGCAUGCGCAGGUUCGAUCACAAGUAAUGUCUUCACGGUUGGGAGACUUGCUGUUGCCGCUUCUCAGCGCCACUACCUUCCGGCUUUCUUCAGCAAACGUGGUCUACCUAAGCUCCUAAAGCGUUCCCCAGCUCAAACACCGAUUCCUGAGCCGGAUUCAUCGGACGAUGCACCUUUCUACGCGAACAUUUUAGUCCUCAUCGUUACACUCGUCUACAUCCUCACAGGCAGUUUCCGAGCCCUCGUAACGUUUGUUGGUAUGGCCAUGUGGGUUUUCUACGUAAGUACUGUCGCUGGACUGCUCAUCCUUCGUCGACGGGAGCCGCAGCUGCACAGGCCAUACAAACCUAUCAUCGUCCUUCCGGUAACAUUCGUUGUGGUCGGCGUUCUCGUCAUCGUACGCUCCGCCAUUUUCGCGCCCAUACAAAGCGGCGUGCUUGCAGGACUCUUAGUCGUCGGCGCUCUGAUCAGCCAAUUUCGUCAUAGGUGA